AUGGGCACCCAACGAGAUGAGGGGCACCCAAUCGAUGAGGGGCACCCAAUUGAUGAGGGGCACCCAAGCCACAUCCAGGUGCGGGCGGGCGAGCACAGCCUGGCGGUGCCCUCAGGGCAGGAGCAAUACGCCACAGCCGUGGAGGUCGUGGUCCACCCCGGCUUCCAACCCGUGGUCGGGGACAACGCCUACGCCCAUGACCUCAUGCUGCUGCGCGUCGAACCCCCUUUCACCAUCACCCCCCACGUCCGGCCCCUGCCGCUGCCACGGAGUCCCCCGGCCACCGGCACCAACUGCACCGUCAUGGGAUGGGGCACCACCACCAGCCCUCAGGAGUCCUUCCCGGACACCCCCCAGUGUGUGAACGUCACCGUGGUGGGGGACAACGAGUGCCAGGCGGCCUACGGCAGCAAGGUCACCGCGGACAUGUUGUGCGCCGGCGUGGCCGCAGGGGGCAAGGACUCCUGCCAGGGUGACUCAGGAGGACCCCUCAUCUGCAACGGGGUCCUGCAAGGCAUCGUCUCCUGGGGUGACCACCCCUGCGGGCAGGCGGGGAAGCCCGGGGUCUACAGCCAGGUCUACAACUACCUGCCAUGGAUCCAGGAGACGAUGGGGGGGACCUGA